AUGGAGGACAAGGGUGAGGAUUCGAGAAGAUCGACGAAAAAGGCGUCUGUAUGGGACGAGGACAGAAAUGCGUCCCGGGGGAAUGUGAGCAGGUGGGAGGUUACACCAAGGACGGCAACGCAAUCUAAGCGAUUGAAGUGGGACCAGACGCCGCUUGGGUACAUCAGAGUGGAAGACGACCUGUGGAGCGGAACUAGGAUGGAUCCUGGGGCAAUUUGGGACAUGGAAUACAGAGACUCGAUGAGAAGCGCCGAGUACUCCGAGAUGUCUCUGAGAGAGAUAAACAUGUGCUUGCCUGCUAGAGGGUACAAGAGAUAUGACUUUCACGGAUAUGCUGGAAACGGGGAACUGAGUGUGGAGGAUUUACCUGAUGUUGCCGACGACGAGAAGGACUUCUUCAUGCCUUUGCUUGAGGACAGGGGUGGAGAUGAAGUCGACGUGUACAGGGGCAUACUGCUUGUGAAGAAUGGAGGGAAAAGGAUGAGGAUGGAAGGCCUUAGGAUACUGAGGAAAAAGGAGGUGAACCGCGUGCUUGAGAAGGUACUUCUCAUGGCAAUGAGUCUUGAGCUUGAUGAUAAAGGUAAGGAGAAGGUGGUUGGACUACUCCUGUCCCUUCUAGACGGUGUGGACAUGGGAAAGGUGAGGUAUGUGAAGGAGAUACUGUUUGUGGUGGGGUCAUACUCCUAUUUCCCCUCCCUUAAGAGGAUGUGCAUGCCUGUGCUUACCCUGGUUUAUAGAUGCGGAUUUGGCUUCUCUGUUAGCAGCAUUGAAGGGGACUUCACAAGCAAGGAGCCCUAUGUAAGAGAAGUGGUUGGGAGCGUGGUAGGCACCUUUAUAGACCACUUUAGAAUGGAGGAGGUCAACUCCCUUCUGGAAUCUCUGGCAGGAAGCCGAAGCAGCGAGGGCAGAAGAACCUGCAUAAGGUGCGCCACAAAAAUCUGCGAAUUUUCUGGCAGAAGCCGCAUGUCCUACGUAGGGCCGGUGUUGAAGAUUCUCAGUAAGCUUGUUAAGGAUAGAAGUAGAUUUAUAAGGAUGGAUGCAGCCAAUGCAAUGUCCUACGUGUUCAAGCUUGUGGGUCCACUGAGGACAGGCCAAAUGGACGAGAUAUUCUGUCUUCUCAAGGAAGAGGCCUCACAAUCUGGAAGCAUUGAAUUUGUCUCGCUGCUGAAUGCCAUGUCUUAUUUAUGCCAUGACAGCAGGGAGCACUCGGAGGUAGUGUUUAGCCUACUGAAGACCUCCAAGGAAAAGGGAAUUCCGGAUCUCAAGGUUUUCGAGAGAAUCUGCGACAAGGUCGGCACGGAUGACGCCUGGAAAUACUUUGACCAGGUAUCAUGCAUUCUUUUUUCUCCAAAGGGAAGAGAAAGUGCAGGCCUGGCCUCCAGUAUUUGCGCAAAAAUGGGCAGCGACCCCAGAGUGUCCAGAAAGAUUCUAGAAUACUAUAGUGAUCCUCCAAAUGCGGGGCUGGCCUCGAGAAUAUUUAGUAGGAUCCCGAGGCUAGGAUUUGGAGAGUCUGAAGUGGAAAGAUACUACAGGAGCAUAUGCAAUGCCCUUGCACAUGACGACACCACAGUUGGACUUGUGCUCCCGCUGGUAUCCAAGGAGUUUUUGGGCCAGAAACACACGUCGAUGCUCAUUUCCGAAUCGCUCAAGCUCCUGAGAAGCCCUCCACCGGAUGCUCGGAUUAGAGGCCUUAAGACGAUGGGAAGUCUUGCAAAGAUCCUGAGUACAAAGGAACUGGCCUACUGUGGAAAUAUUCUGAUGGAGAACAUAGACGGAGAUGACCAGGAGACCCUACCCUUCGUUCUUAAGGCAAUAUGCAGCAUAUACAACAGCCAUAGGUUCAGACCAGCGUCUGGGAUUAUCCCAAGCAUCCUCCCGAUUCUGAAGUCCAAAGAGCAGAAGAUUGUUGCAUCUGGAGUGGCGCUUCUCCAUACAAUAUGCAUGAACUCUCCCGAGGAGUGCGAAAAGAUCGGCGUGAGGGAGUGGAUGAGAAUAUCCUAUGGACUAGUUGACUCGCUGGUCUCUUGGAAUAAGGAAAUGAGAAGGAAUGCCACCGAAUCUCUGGGGUGCAUCUCCCGGAUAGUUGGUCCCCAGGAGAUACUGGACAUUCUAAUGGAUGGCCUUGAGUCCGAAGACAGGCAUCAAAGGACGGGGUCCUCACUCGGUAUCUCGGUUGUGGGAGAGUACAACGGGCUGUUUUCUGUUCUCCCGACCCUUCUGUCGGACUACGAAACUCCAAAUGCCUUUGUGCAGCAGGGGAUACUCAGGGCCAUGUGUCACUUUUUCCAAAGAACACAUCAGGCAUCUUUGAAGUACGUACACUCGAUGCUUCCCAUGAUUGAGGAUGCGAUGACAGACGAAGAUCCGUCAUACCGAAGUCUUGGGAUGAAUCUUAUCAGGCAUAUAGUUCUGAACCAUCCACCGGCAACCAUGGACAUAGAGCUUGCAAUCCACCUGCUCAACUUGAUUUGGGCAAACAUCCUUGAUCCCAUUCCAACGGUGCAACAAUCCUUUGACGAGUGCAUGGAGUCCUUUGCCACAGUACUCUCGUCGCAGGCCAUGUAUAAAUACGUGCAGCAGGGUCUUUUCCAUCCGUCAAGCACAGUCCGAAAAAGAUAUUGCACUGUUCUGGAGAUAAUGGAGCACUUUGACAGCACCACCCUCUCACAGUGCCUUUCCGUGGAGGAGGAGCUUCCUGAACUUGCAAGAUAA